AGUGGGCUUACAGUUAACAACAGCCCAGAAGCCGAUUAAACCCUAUCUAUCUCUUGGCGGAGCUGCUCUAUAAUCCGAAAGCUUCAUCGUCAUUCAAAUUCAUAUUUCCGUCUCCGAUUAUCCCACAAGCUGCAGUUGUCUUUCUUUAUUAAUUAUAAGGAAUAUAAUCCACAAGACAAGGAACGAUGUCGAGGCCAGAACUUCAAGCACCACCAGAGAUAUUCUAUGAUGAUACUGAAGCUCGCAAAUACACAUCCUCCUCUCGUAUUAUGGAGAUUCAGGCCCAACUUUCAGAGAGGGCAAUUGAACUUCUUGCACUGCCUGAUGAUGAUGUUCCGAGAUUACUCCUUGAUAUUGGCUGUGGAUCAGGGCUUAGCGGGGAAACAUUGUCAGAGUACGGACACCAGUGGAUCGGGUUAGAUAUAUCAGAAUCGAUGCUUAAUAUAGCGAGGGAGCGUGAAGUCGAGGGGGAUCUUAUAUUAGGUGACAUGGGUCAGGGUUUAGGACUUCGACCUGGAGUUAUUGAUGGUGCCAUCAGCAUAUCGGCUGUUCAGUGGCUUUGCAAUGCGGACAAAUCCUCUCAUGAACCCCGAUUAAGACUAAAGGCUUUCUUUGGGUGUUUAUAUCGAUGUUUAGCUAGGGGAGCAAGGGCUGUACUGCAAGUAUAUCCUGAGAAUAUUGCUCAGCGUGAAUUGAUACUUAGUUUUGCUAUGCGGGCUGGGUUUGCUGGUGGCGUGGUUGUCGACUACCCUCACAGUUCAAAGAGCAGAAAGGAAUACCUUGUGCUCACUUGUGGCCCCCCCUCUCUCAGUAGUGCUACACCAAAAGCAAAAGGUGAAGACGGAGAGAGCUGUUCUGAAGAUGACAGCAGUGCAGAUGAAGAAAAUCCAACUGUUUGCAUUUCCGACAGGCAUAGACCAAGGAAGAAGCAAAAGGUCAACAAGAAGGGAAAAGGAAGAAAUUGGGUGCUAAAGAAAAAGGAGCAGAUGAGGAAAAAAGGAAAUGUAGUACCUCCUGAUACAAAGUACACUGCACGGAAAAGGAAAGCUCGUUUUUGAAACCCCCCUCCCCCAAUGGGUCUUAUCUCUAUUUAUCACAUUUGCUUGUACCAGCACAUCUGAGAAUUGAUCGAGGAAUUUUGGUUGCAUCCUCUAUCUUGCCUUUUAUUUAAACAAAUGUCAGUUGGUGACCCUAUAUUGAUUUCAAGGGAAUUAAAUCUUUAUUGAUAUUGUUCAGGUCAA